AUGCCCCCAGCCACCCCACGCUCCACAGUAUUUGUUCGAGACCUCACUGACGAUGUCCCGGUCAUCGACAGCACCGAGGGUUUCACCGAUGUUGUCGACAAGUUGAUCACCUACCUCUGCAAAGCUAUUGAUGCAGCGUAUACCUACGACCAGCUCCGCACCUCGUUUGCCGGCCAGAGCUUACGACCUCUGAUCGCCUCCCUCAGCGACGAGUGUCAUCAUCCUGCCAUCGUGGCCGCUCUUCUUGCUUGUCGCUACCAGUUCAGGCUAAUCGAAAGCGAUGGGACGGGCGUCAACGACAGUCGGGCUCUUGCCUGUGAGUUUGUCGCUUGGCAGUUUCUGACUUUCCUUUCAGAGCGGGAGCUGAUGGACUACCUGCUCUACGAGCUUCCGGAGCCAAAGCAUGAGAAUACAGAAUCUCCAGAGACGCAUAUGGAACCUGCACACGGUCGCCGGCCCAUGGCCCCGUCCGCCGCCCACGAUGAAUCGGCCCCACUUCUCCAUCCCCGCCCCACCGAGCACCUGGGCCUUGCGGGACCCAACCGUCCGAGCGUCGGUGAACCACAUGGUACGGGGACGGAGAACGCCCAAGAUCGGCUGAAGCCAGACAGCGAUUUGUCCGACAGUCUGGCGGGCAUGAACGCCCUGGAGAUCGCUUUAGUAUGUGAUGCCAAGAAGUUUAUCAGUUCUCAACCGGUCCAGAAGGUGGUAACGGAAGUCUGGAAUGGUGAUAUCGUUUUCUGGGAAACUAUGAGUGUUCAUGCGAAGAAGCAACCUACAAUAUACAAGAAGAGGUCGACCGAUCCAUUUAUCAGGCUGAGGGUGCCUCGAUAUCAGAAAACUUUCCAGGUGAUGUUCUUUCUUCUGUUCCUUGCACUGUACUACAUUGUACUUGUCGCACGAGAUCCGCAGCAUGUCAAUGUGUCGGAGAUCUUGCUUUACGUCUGGAUCCUGGCGUUCGCCUACGAUGAAUUUGGAGAGAUCCAGGAUGCAGGCCUUUUGUUUUACAGAACCGAUUUCUGGAGUCUAUGGGAUAUGGCGAUCAUUAUCAUCGCCACAGCAUUCUUCGUUACCAGAAUCAUCGGCCUUCUCAAGCACGAUGCCAUGUUGAUAGAUACGGCAUUUGACAUUCUAUCUAUGGUCGCUCUGUUUCUAGUUCCCAGGAUAUUUAGUAUUUUCUCUCUGAAUCCCUACUUUGGAUCAUUGAUACCUGUUCUCAAGGAGAUGACAAAAGCCUUCUGCAAAUUCUUACCGGUUAUCGUCGUCCUCUACCUGGGGUUUCUAACCACAUUUAGCAUGCUGGCGCGUGACAAAAUCUCCAUCAAUGAAAUGUCGUGGAUACUCAUCAAAGUUUUUUUUGGGUCCAGCUACCUUGGAUUCGACGUCGCAGUCACGAUCAGUCCCUUGUUCGGCUACACCUUGAUGCUGAUAUUCGUCUGUUUGACCAAUAUCCUUCUGCUGACAUCUCUGGUGUCGUUGGUUAGUAACUCACUCACAGAAGUGAUGGCUCAUGCACGCGAAGAGUAUCUGUUCCAGUACUCGAUUUAUGUCUUGGAGUCGUCAACCAGUGGCCGGCUAACAUACUUUGUUCCACCACUCAACCUAAUACCGCUGUUGUUCCUGCGGCCUCUGCGGCUGGUAUUGCCAUCAGACGACGCCAGGCGUGUGAGGAUCGUGGUACUCAAAGCAACACAUGCUCCGUUGGUGGCGCUUGUCUGGGCAUUCGAACGCUCCUUUCAGGCUUGGGAUCGCGCAUCGUCUGCACUGGCACCCAAAGGCCCUCAGCCGACCAUGCAACCCUUUGUAAGUCCUGUGGGGCCCGAUGGGGUACGAGGAAGCACCAGGUCCGUCCCACGACCAGGAUCUGCAAAGGCCGCACAGCAGACAAGCGCCCUCCAAAAUACAGUAGCGGCUUCCCCAACCAAUGCGGACAACUCUGAGCUCCUGGCCCUCGUGCAAACCCUGUCGACCAAAGUCGAUGAUUUGGCCGCAAUGAUAGCUGGACAGCAGCCAACCUGA